AAAAAAAAAAAAAAAAAGAAACGAGGAAAGGCAAAAGUGUCAGACGCUGUAUUUCUUUCUUGAGAGAAAAGAAAGUCUCUUGCUUCGCUCCCUCUAUUUGUAGCUCAUUAACCUUCAGUGUUUGGCAUCCGAGAAAGUUUUACUCAGAAGCGAAGUAGAAGCUGAAGAAGAACAAUCAAUUUGAAGAAGAAAUUAAAGAAGAAAGAUGAGCAGCAUAGGAACUGGUUACGAUCUUUCCGUCACCACAUUCUCCCCCGAUGGCCGCGUCUUCCAGAUCGAAUACGCCGCCAAAGCCGUCGACAACAGCGGAACUGUUAUCGGGAUCAAAUGCAAAGAUGGCGUCGUUAUGGGCGUGGAGAAGCUUGUCGCGUCAAAAAUGAUGUUGUCUGGCUCCAACAGAAGAAUUCAUUCCGUUCAUCGACACUCGGGGAUGGCUGUUGCAGGCUUAGCAGCAGAUGGGAGGCAAAUUGUCGCCCGGGCCAAGUCUGAAGCUACCAACUAUGAAAGCGUGUAUGGUGAAGCAAUUCCUGUUAAGGAACUUGCAGAUCGGGUUGGUAGCUAUGUACAUCUCUGUACACUAUACUGGUGGCUCAGACCUUUUGGAUGUGGAGUAAUCCUUGGGGGUUAUGACAGGGAGGGACCACAAUUGUACAUGGUUGAACCAUCUGGGGUUUCUUAUAGGUACUUUGGUGCUGCAAUUGGGAAGGGCAGGCAAGCUGCUAAAACAGAAAUUGAAAAGUUGAAGCUUUCUGAAUUGACUUGCCGGCAAGGUGUCGUUGAAGUUGCCAAGAUCAUCUAUGGAAUACAUGAUGAAGCGAAGGACAAGGACUUUGAAUUGGAAAUGAGCUGGGUCUGUGAUGAAUCAAACCGGCAACAUAAGAAGGUUCCAGAGGAGCUGUUGGAGGAAGCAAAGGCAGCCGCUAAAGCGGCUUUGGAAGAAAUGGAUGCGGACUAAGUUGUGUCUAGAUUAAUUCUUCGUAGUAUCAGUGAGACUGUUAGAACACAUUGAAAGAAGUGUUAACGGGACAUGAUUGGUAGAUUUUCAUUGCCAAUUGAUAUUUGCUCUUAUAAAUUGCCUGUUGAAAAACGUUGAAUUCCUCAAUCAUGUUUAAAGGUGGACCAGAGAGUGCUUUUGAUUAAUGGAGGAAAUCUUGAAUUGUGUCAAA